CAGUUUUAUGAUUCUACAUAGUGAAUGUCUCAUGUCUAUCGGUUCGUCAUAUCUUGUAGGCGUUCAUAUGACACAUUAAAAAAGUUACAGCAUACCCGCGAAAAACUGAAGGUCAUAUUCUUGUGAUAGCCUGAGAAUCUUAUACCACUAUUCUUGUCUAACCACCAGGGAUUUAGAUAUAUGUGAUUGCUCGAAUUCGAAAACAUAAAUAAUCUGUCUUAUCCGGCGACGACUAAAAUCCAAUAGAGGAGACAUCAUUAGAAUGAUCAGGCUUAACCUCUAG